AAUAUUCAAGAUACUCAAAAAGAUACUGCUGAUAUAAGUACAAAUAUCACAUCGCAUGAUGAUAAAGUAAGAAACAUCAAAACACGGAAACAUCUAUCAAAAAGCGAAAUUUAUCAACUUUCGCUACCUGUAAAAUUCGAUGACAAUCUUCAGUUUACUUAUGACAUCAUAAGCACAUAUGAUAAUUAUAUGGAAAAAAAAGCAGCUUUAAUAUAUAGGCGUGUAGAAUUUUACAAGCAAAUAAGUUACACUUUAUUAAACGAUGAUGGCACAUUCGAUACGUAUAUAAAUUUGCAUUCUGGUGAUAUUGUACAAAUUCAAGAAGAAACUGGGUUGUCUUAUGCUAUACUAAAGGAGAUAUUUACGCAUAGAUAUAAUGAUAGUUUAGUAUAUUCAUUUAUUUGGGUUGACUGGUUGCAGGAAUGCUCUAUACUUGAUCCAAUUCUUCAAUGUCCAGUUUACAAAAAACAAACAGCUAAAAAUACAAG